AUGCCGCCUGUAACGCGCAACAAGGCUCCAGAUUCGUCUUCAUCGGCAUCUGGUACCACUCAGCAACAACAGACGCGCGCAACUCGGUCCUCAGCGGUGAGAUCGCCGAGUGAAACCAAGUCCAAGUUGGCAGCGACAACCACGAGCAGUGCUCCGCCUCCAAAGCCCGUUGGAUCGACUUUGAGUCGCUCGACGACAAACAGGAUGUCGGUAGUGCUACCUACGAAUAAGAAAUCUAUUGGUACGAAGGAGAAAGAUAAGGAUGACAGGGAGCCUAUGCGCGCAUUCCUGCGCAUUCGACCUGCUCCAAGCUCGGCCAAUUCGACCCCGUACAUUGCUACGUUGUCAGAAACAACGGUCGAGAUGUCUGAUCCUUCACCAGCUGCCCCUCGUUUUGGUAUGCGUCCAUCACUUGCUCCGGCGCCUAGCUUGACCUACACAUUCACUCGCGUGUUUCCGCCUGAAACACUUCAACCCGAGUUCUUUGCUUCUACUACCCUCCCUCUCGUUAAGGACUUGCUGAGUGGCGAGAACGGGCUCGUAUUCGCCUACGGAGUUACCAAUUCUGGUAAAACAUUUACUAUUCAAGGAGGAAACGGAAAGGGCGAAGGGGGACUGCUUCCUCGGACUUUGGACGUACUAUUCAAUAGCAUCGAUGGUCUACACGGAGAAAACAAGUGGCGCCCUGCUAAAUGUUCCAGUGUGGAGAAAGAGCCCAGUUAUGGUUCUUCCAUCAAGUCUAAGAAUGGGCCUGCAGUGGAACCUGAUGUAGAGUCUCUGAUGGGCGAGGAGGCUGCCGAUAGGGAUGACACCACUAUCAAGGUCGAUAGAAACUACGAGUACUCGGUAUUCGUUUCUUAUGCCGAAAUUUAUAAUGAAAAAAUCUUCGAUCUCUUGGCCAGCGAGUCGCUCACAUCUGAAUCAUCUUCCAUGUCCCGCUCUGGCUCUGGACAAUCUCUAUCUCGCUCUUUGCACGCAAAACCACUUCCCAAGUACCUCUCUGCGUUACUACCCAAGAGUUUCAGUUCGCACCUUGGAUUUGGAUCCAGUAGCAGCGCGAACAGUAUGUCUGGAAGUACUGGACCUGGCGGUGAAAUACCUGGAUCGAUCACACGCAAGGCCUUGGCACUCAAGUCGGACCCGGUAACCAACGGGAAGUUUGUUAGUGGACUGAGAGAGAUUCGUGUGCGGAGCGCGCAAGAGGGGCGGGCUAUCCUAAAACUGGGCCAAAUCAACCGUACAGUGUUCGGGACUGUCGCGAACGAACGAUCUUCUCGCUCCCACGCGGUGUUCACUAUCAAAGUUCUUCGUGUUCAUAAAGGGGCAGACAAGGAGGAUCCGGAAGAGGUUCAGUGCGCCAGAUUGAGUGUUGUUGACCUUGCCGGAAGUGAACGGAGCAAGAACACACAUGCCACUGGCGACCGACUCAAGGAAGCUGGAAAUAUUAACAAAUCUCUCAUGGUCCUUGGUCAAUGCAUGGAAAUGCUCCGAGCAAACCAACGCAAGAUUUCAGCUGGUGGAACACUCAAGUUGGGUGUUGUGCCUUUCAGACACUCCAAGUUGACCGAAUUGUUUAUGGACUUUUUCGUUGGAGAGGGUCGAGCUGUAAUGAUUGUAAACGUCAACCCCUACGACACCGGUUUCGACGAAAACUCACAUGUCAUGCGGUUCUCUGCUCUCGCUCGCGAAGUGGCUACAACAACCCAAAGAAUACUGCCACCCCGCCCUCCCCCAGCAAAGAGUUCUGGUCUAGCUACUGCUCGGGGAUUGAGUACGAGCAUUGGUCCUGGCGUUGGAACCGGACCUGCACCCAAGGCUGGUAGCCCUGCUCCGCCCGUAAGGACUGCAAGAAAGGUCAGGCUUUCCGAGGGAACUCCUGCAGAGACUGUUUUAGAAAUCGUAGAGGAGGACGAAACCAACGACGAGGAUGAUGAUGACGAUACUCCGCGUGAUACGCUGGUUGAUGAAUUAUUUGAAGAGGUCGAGUACUUGCGCGAGCGACUCUUUGAGGCUGAAAUGCGUGCAAGUACGAUCGAGGCUGAGAUCCGGGAGGAGGUCAUGAAGGAGAUGGAAGAGCGGAUGCAGACUAUGGAGAAGAUGUUCAUGAGGCGGUUGGCUAGCGAGGUCGAAGCGGGCGAAAGCAAAACCGAUCGAAAGAUAGAUAUGCUCCAGCGCGCUGGUCUUUUACAAUCUAGACAAGACUCUGAUAGCGAGGACGAGGAGAACAUCGAGAAGAGCUUGAUGGUUGAGGACGAAACUGAAACCGAUGACGAAGAGGACGAGGAUGAAGACGAAGAUGAGGAAGAAGACGAAGAAGAGCCCGAAAGUCCUACGCCCCAUCAUAAACGAUUGACUGGACAGCCGUUGGCUACUCUCGAAGAGGGCGAAAGCUUCGAGGAGUCCGAGCUUACAGAUGAUGAAUCCAACGAAAGCGGAGAAGAGCCCCAGGUGACGAUGGGUGAAGCGAGUAUGGACAUUGAAGACGACGACGAGAUCCCAGAAACUGAGGAAGAAGAUCAGUCAACGCCAUCUAAAUCUCGAAAACAACGAGUCGAGAGCGACGAGGAAGAAUACGAGCAAGACGAAGACGAAGACGAGGAAGAGGAAGAGGAAGAAUACGUUCCUACCCCUCCUACCAAGUCUAAAUCUAGACGCGAGUCUACCUCUCGAACACCUAAAUCCAAGGGGAAAGCACCUGGCAAUACCCCCAAGGCCAAACGCGACUCGACACCGUCUGCCCCGCCGCCUGGCCCUGACCAGGACGGAGACGAAAGUAUGCUGGCCGCUGCGAUCGUUCCCAACAAACGUGCUCGUGCCGCGCGGCUGUCAGCCUCCGGGCCUGGAAGUACGUAUAUCCCAGCACCUGGCGAACCGGAAGCUGUGAAAAAGAAGAAACGACAACUGGGUAAAGUCUCUGCGAUGACUGAAGACCAGAUUUGGGCCGCUGCUAUGAAAGUCGAUCAUGAGAAGCAGACGAUGGGUGUGAGACGGUUUGGUCGAGGGAGUCGGUGA